AUGGGGAUAGAUGCCAUCUCUGCCAAGGUAAAAGAUAGCAUUCAGCCGGUGUGCUUACCCAACUCUGGAAUGUUCUGGGAGGCUGGAACCGCAAGUUGGAUAUCUGGUUGGGGAUCGACCUAUGAAGGAGGUAGCGCUUCUCCAUAUCUGCAGUAUGCUGCAGUUCCACUGAUUGACUCAAAUGUGUGCAAUCUAACUAAUGCGUACAAUGGGCAAAUUACAGCUUCUAUGAUAUGUGCUGGCUAUCUUAGUGGGGGAGUAGAUACAUGCCAGGGUGACAGUGGGGGACCUUUAGUGACCCAAACAAACUCCACUUGGUGGCUUGUUGGGGACACCAGCUGGGGAGAUGGCUGUGCCCGAGCCAAUAAACCUGGUGUAUAUGGGAAUAUGGCAACGUUCUUGGAUUGGAUAUAUUUACAGAUGAGGACUUACAGCUGAUGAAUUAUCCUCUUUUAUUUUGAUGAUUUAAAUGCAGAAUCUAUAAAAUGAGAGAUGAUUUAUUGCAAUGGAUUAAUAUUCCCAGUGUUGGCACAGAAUAACCAUCCAUUGUUGGUUCAACUAGAAUGAAGUUUGUUGAAGUACAAGAGCCUUGGGUAUGGACAGUGUACGACUCCCAGGCAAAAUGAAGGUUCAGCCAAUCCCCAUGGCUGCACCCAGAUAUUAUCUACUAGAUACUGUAUAUCAUGACCUUGAUAAGUGAAAUGCUCCAUAGACAUUGCAAGGCUCCCUCUUCCCUUACUCAAGCCCUGGUAUAGGAGGGUUUUGGACAAUGUGGGCUGCAUACGGACUGACUGAUUCUAAUAAAAAAGGCUU